GGAACAAUUAGGGUCUUAGAUUCAGCUCGUAGCCUUCUUCAAGACUCUAGUUUCUAGUGAUGUUCCUUGAUCUCUGCGUCAUACCUUGAGAGCUCUUUUUCUGCAUUAAAGAUACAGAGAAGGAGCGGGAGCAGCAGAGGAAGUGACGAGGACCAGAGGGGCAGCCGGGAAGGAAAGCAGUGACCAUAUAUAUCAGCAAGGCGGCUAAACCCGAGACUCUACAACCGUAGAGUCUCCCACCCGCCCUCCUCCUCUAACCUAGUUAAUAAGGAUUUGGCGAAAAAAAAUUAACGUAUCAACAAUGAAUAAUACAACAUCCUUAACAGGGACAUUCACAAGCAACAACUUCACAUCCAAUGGCUCAUUUCACUGCAGUCCAUCCGGAUCCACUUAUAAUGCAGCUUUAAUAGCAAUUUACACCAUCGUGCUCGUGGGAGGUUCUACUGGAGCCCUCAUCAUGACUUGGAAAAUAAAAACAGACAGUAAAUCUGUGACAUCCACUGCCGUUGUAAAUCUUAUACUGAUGCACACAUUCUUUCUCCUGACUGUGCCUUUCCGUAUCUCUUAUUAUGUUCUCAAUGAGUGGAAAUUUGGUGAAAUAUUUUGUAAACUGGUGAGUGCAAUGAUUCAUGCUCACAUGUACCUGUGCUUCAUGUUCUAUGUGGCCAUAAUUGUCAUAAGGAUGAUCAGUUUCUUUCGAGAAAAGAAGACAGUGGAUUUUUACCAACCUUGGCAUGCAGUUGCUGUGAGCCUAGUUGUCUGGGUAUUGGUGUUUCUUGCUGUUUUCCCACUGUUUCUAACGUAUUUUGACAGCUCUCAAAAGGAUGGCAAAUGUUUUCAAUUCACAGUUACAACUACAUCAUCUUAUGUGAAGGUUGUGAACUGUCUUGCAGUUAUCACUGUGUUAACAACUUUUGGUGUUUUACUUGCCAUCCAGAUGGGCAUAAUAGCACAACUGAUGAUCCGUUACCAAAAUAAUCUUCUUAAUCAGCAAGAAUUUGGAGCUCAAACAAAGACACUGUUAUUUAUAUUAAUUAUGAUUUGUUUCGUUCCUUACCUCGCAUUCAGGCCGUUUUAUAUAAGCCAACUGCAAUGUUCAUUGAUUUUAAGUAUUACGAAUGAAAUAUUAUUAGCUGUGACAUCAAUAAGCUGUUUUGAUGUGCUUGCCUUCCUAGUGGCUUCCCGCUGAGAAAUCAGCCAUUUUUGAUUUUAAAUUUGUGCUGAUAUCAAUUUUCAUGCAUAAUAUAAGCACCAUUCAAGUUUCCAAUCUGUUGCAAUUGUACUUGCUAUAAGUUAUAUAUCAUACACAGGCCACUGUUACCUGCAAGCACAAAGAUCAUGUG